GCGCUGAAAAGACUGCCACUCCAGUUCCAGGGUAAAUUCCCGAUGUAGAGCUUGAAGUCACAAGAUUCAGCCAAGCUGACACCUAACCUUUGGCAAAGGAAUGGAGUAGAACCUGCUAACCUAUGAUUGGAAACACCAGGCAUUUCUGUGGUACUUUUGUUCCGCAAUAAAGAAAGGGCCACUUCCUUAUUUACAUUCAACACUGAGCUUUGGGUGUCACAAUUAAGAAAAGGUAAAUAUUGAAUAUCGAGCUGUUGUGAAAUAAGAUCGUUGUGGAGAGCAGUCGAAUAGAUCUCAAAAUAGUUGAUUAUUUUUUUUAUGUCAAAGAGUAAGUGUGUGGUGAGUGGAUGGAGUUAACGCGUUCAGUUGAAACAUAGGCUGACGUCACUCUUGUAGGUUGGACUUUGAAUUCUUGCUGAAGGGAUUUCACGUGCGAGCCUGUCAGAGAGCAGGCAGCAAGGUCUUUUUUGGAGAGAGAGUGAGUGAAUGAGUGCCUCUUUGGGAGUUUUUUUUCCAUUUAAAAAAAAAGAAAUCUUAAAAAAAGGAGGAAGCGUUUAAUCUGAAGAUGGCACACGAUCAAAAUGGCAGUACUUUAAAAUACGUUCAGGGUUCAGUCAGAACGAAAAUUCCAAGACCAGCUAUUUGUCCACAGCACCUCCGCAGACACUCACUGGGCUCUUUUGCUCCGAGGUCGAUGUCAAAUCCUCCAGCCAUGAGCCAGGCUCCGGGCAAGCAUUUGCAGGAGCAGCUGUCCUCUGAUUGCUCCAGUUCCCUGGAUUCACUGGACAAUCUGUCUAUGGACGACUAUUGGACUGAAGUGGAGAACAUCAAGGAGAGCCACGGGAGUGAGCCUGAUGAUAAUAACGUGGAGGUGAAAACGCCAGAGGAGGGAGAACUGGAGGCAGACUGGCUGCAGGAUGCUGGGCUCUCCACCCUGAUCAGGGAGCAGAGCGGGGACGAUGAUGACAUAGUGUUGCUCUCCACACUGACCCGCACGCAGGCUGCGGCCGUACAGCGCCGCGUGGAAACCUGCACCCGGUCCAUGAGGAAGAAGAUCAAACAGCCCGUCAGGGAUGUCAGGGACGUCUUCGCAGCUCCUAAUUCCACUAGCAGGCAUUUGAAACAGCAAGACGUGUCGGACACACAAGCAGAACAGCGUCUCAAGUACCUGCUACCAGAAGAGGACAAAAGCGAAGCCGACCCUGAUAGACAGGAAACCUCGUCACCAGGGCAAGGCUACUCUUCGAAGGAAGAGCUGAUCAAUUUUGACGUCUCUUACUCUGAGCAAGCGACAGUGUGGCGGAAAAGGAUACAAGAUGAUAAAGAGGCGAGAAAAAGGAAAGACGAGGGGAGUUUACCUCAAUAUGUGAUCCACAAGAAUAAACUGGGAAUGACUAGGAUGGGGGAUCUGUCGCCAGCGGACAUGAAGAAAGUUCACACUCUGGCACUCAUUGAGCUCACGGCUCUCUUUGAUACCUUGGACAUAGAGGUGAAGAGGCACAAAGUAGUGAAAGUGAAGGCAGGCGAUAACCGGCUGUUUGGGGUCCCUCUCACUCAACUGAUUGAAAAUGAUCAGAAGAUUGUUCCCAACAUAAAGGUUCCGCUGUUUCUUCAAGAAUUGCUCUGCUGUCUGGAACAGAAGGGACUGGAAACUGAGGGGAUUCUCCGCAUAUCCGGCUCAGUUGCUCGAAUGAAGAAUUUGCAAAAGGAACUUGAAGAAAACUUUUACCAGAAAACAUUUGACUGGGAGAAGGUCAACCAAAACGACGCAGCAGGUUUGCUGAAGAUGUUUAUCCGUGAAAUGCCUCAUCCUUUGUUGACGACGGAAUAUCUGUCUGCGUUCGCGGCAGUCAAAAAUAUUACUGAUCACAAGCAGAGGUUGCAUGCUCUAAAUCUCCUUGUGCUGAUCCUACCAGAACCAAAUAGGUGUACGCUGAAGUGCCUGUUAGAGUUCCUGUGCAAAGUGAUAGGAAAGGAAAAGAAAAACAGGAUGAACCUCUGGAAUGUUUCCACCAUCAUUGCGCCAAACCUUUUCAUGCACAAAGGAAUUCUGAACAAGAUUCCCGAUGGGAAAGAGAAGCAGCAAGCGGAGAAGGCUGCCGACAUUGUACGGAUGCUGACCCAUUACCAGGAUAUCCUCUGGAUUAUCCCAUUCUUCCUGGUGGCUCAGGUGAGGAAACUGAACGAGAACAGUAGCAAGCGCUAUCAGUUUUAUGACAAACGGCUGAAAAACCUUCUGCGCAAGAUCCACACGGAAAAAGACAAGCAGGAGAAGCAAAACACAUUUAACAAGAUAAGAAUUCAAGCUCCUCAAUUGUUGAAAGAUACGCUGGAAGUUUGCCUAGAGCGUGAGAUGACCACUCGCAAUCUCGUGCAGCACUUUCAUAAACAUCUGCACCAGGACAGCUGGGAUCCGUCCAACAGUUGUAAAUGCAAUGGAUCCACGGAUUCCUCAGAAUUCUACUUGUAUGAAGUUGGUGGUAAUAUUGGUGAACGUUGCCUUGAUCCGGACACGCACAUAUUUGACCUUCUAAAGGUUAACCCACAAGCCGAAUGGAUUAUGAAACAACAUCAAAAGCCGAAAGAAAGCUAACUUGCGACCGUUUGUCAUCGAGAUCCAAAACAAAGAAAAGAGAGUUUGCUGAUUGAACGCUGAUUGUCGAGGACACUUCUAUAAAGCUCACACCUUCACUGAAGUGACUGUGCAGCUAUAGUGUCUGUGCAAGGCACAUCUUAGAAGAAACUCAGCUGGAAAAGUACAGAUCAGUUGUAAGAAAAGAGGCACUUUUACCGCUGUUUGAAAGUGAAGUAAAAUCAGCUUUUUUGUUAGUCGGUUUGUUAACGUGAGAGAUUUGAGAACUUGACAUUUCUACAAAAUAUAUAUUUAACCUUGAUUAUUUUUAUGCACGGGGGAGGGAGGGAGGGACGAGAGAAGACUCAUUUAGUAAGCACUGCCAAAUGCUGUCAGAAAAAGAUCCUGUGAUAUGGGAAAUAGAAGCUCGCCCUAUUUCUCACUGUGAAAAAUCUCUGGAAUGUUUAUGUGUUUUUUUUGUUUGGAUACUAUUUUUAAAACCCUCGGACAAAGUGAUUAGCAUAAAAAAANUGAAGGCAGAGAAAAUGGAUGGCCCAGACUUUUGUGCCAAAACCACAUUUAAUACAUUGAUGUACCACAUCUGAAAAAAAAAGCUAGUAAGUAUUAAUCGGUAUCUCCCAAUCUAUUUCUCAUGAAAAUUCAAUUAGAUUAGCUUGAUCAUUAGCCUGGACGACAAACUGGGAUUAUGCUUGGCACUUUACAGUUUUAGACAUGCAGUCUGUGAUUUAUCCAGCGUUUUAAAAGAAAUGCAGUUCUUUAUAUAAAUGCAGUAACCAACAGGGCUCUUGACGAUUGGGAAAAAAAUUCCAUCUGGAUGUAAUCUCCUUUGUCGUCGUUGAUUUUUCUGCAAGGUUCUUUUGAGAACUGCGGAAAGCCGACUCAACAGUCAAGACGGAAAUCAACAGGUUGCCAAAUUCUGCACCCUCUGAAAUGGCUGAUGCCACAGGAAUCAAACGAAUCAAAUCGAGAUCUGGGUGGAAUCCCACUCCCUAUAUCAUUAGUUGAAACCUGCGUGUCGUGUAUUGCGUUUUCCUUUUACACUCCUGCCCUUUUUUGUUAGAUUUUUACUGUUCAAUGUGAAUACUUUUAUACCUGGUAUGUUUUUUUUUCUAUGUAUCGCGACCACUAUAGCUCUAAGAAUAUUUUAUAUUUUAAGGUAGUUUUGUUUGAACAGCCGCCCCCUUCAACAUGCCACCUUGUGAAUCGGUGAAUUAUUUCCCAGAAGAUUAAAGAAUGUCAUCUUUGC